AUGCCAAUUGAUCUCCCAACUGAGUUUACCGAGUCCUAUCUUAUAUACCAGAAGUAUCCACGCUACAUCGCCGCAAGCUCGACCUACGGCCCAGCAUUAUGGGGGUUCCGGGAACGCUUGAAUCGCAAGAAGGCCAAGCUCUUCAUCCAAGAUGCUGGUGAUAUCGUGGUCCCCGUGCGGGAGAUACAGAAGAGAAACGGUGCCUUUACUGUUUCGAAAUGCAAUAUUCUGAGCGAAGAGAAACUCAAGGAGUGGCUCGGCGACACUUACGAACGGGACCCUAAUAACCCAGCUAAAUUCGUUGGUGCUUUGGCAACGAAGGCGGAUCCCAACUGCCGCUUCAUAUUCUUGAUCACAGAUAGCGCAUUGGCUCCCCUGGAGCUGACGCGGGACUGUCUUCUUCGUAUCCUGACAUACCAUCAGGUGAUGCCCAACUACAUCGACUUCUUGCUGGUCUACGGAGCCCAGGAAGAGGAUCGUGAACUACGGUUCAGCGGCUUCCGUACGCGAACGACGUUCGUAAAUCCCGAGCCCGGCCACAUCAUCCCAGACCUGGGUAGAUCGGGCAGGCAGCACGAAAUGUGCUACAACCUCAAGGCCGUGGCGCCUAGAGAGGCUGGCAAGACUCAGUUGAUCCAGAACAGGUGGAAGAUACGCCAGGCGGCGAUAUAUCACCGGUUUGACCUCGGCACGGGGUCAUUAUUAUGGAUUAUCGCCGAUCCACGCGAGGCCGUGAAGGGUGUCAUUGGCGAGAUACUGCCAGAGGGCACGGCACCGAGGGAUUUCCAAUUCGGAACAGUGGCGGAAGCCUUCAGUGCCAGUCUUGACACGCAUAUAUUGCUGGCCCAGUGGGCAUCAGACGAAUGGCGAUGGCACAUCCAGUCUCUCGAGGAGACCAUCGACAACAUGACGCGCCCGGCCCUGCUUUUCGACGACGGCAACCAGUACCAGCCACGAGUACUUCCCCGAGCAGUAACUCGAGUCCAGGAAUACGAAGACAAGGUCAACGAAGCCGUCAUGGUUAUGGAGUCCAACAUCAACAUCCUGACGUCCCUGCGGUCUUCCUACAAGACGCUGGUCGAGGACCCCGAGUUCCCGGCAGCUGAUCAAGGCGCCUGCCAAAAGGCCUUCAAGAGGUUCACCACGCGCAUGGACGAGUUCAUCUUCGACCUCAGGACGCAGACGGAUAGGGGCAAGGUCCUGUCGAAACUCGCAGCCGACCGCAAGGCCAUUGUCCUCGGACAGACGCAGAUGCAGGCGGCCACGAAACAGGAGAAGUUGGCCGAGAGCAUGUGGCAGUUCGCCGAGAGGGGCCAGAAAGAGGCCAUUGCCAUGCGUACCGUCACCAUCAUCACGCUGCUAUAUCUGCCGCCGACUUUUGUGUCGACGUUCUUCAGUACCGAUGUCAUCAAGUAUCAGGACAAUGGCACUGACCAGGUCUUCUUCUCUCGCAACGCGAUGAUUUCAUUUCUCUACGUUACCAUUCCCCUGUGGGCCGUGACCCUGGUCGUUGUCGUGUUCUACUACAAGUGGGAGUCGUGGAGGAGAGAGCAGCGGGCACGUGGGCUGCUGUCUCAGGAUCCGGAUGUGUUUGAGUACUGGGAGAAGUAUUCUAGGAGUAGUGGCAACUCUGGAAGCCAGAAGAUGCCUAAUUCUUUCAUCGGGCACAUAUUGGGCAAGGGGCAGAAGCAAGCCCCGUAG